GGCAGAUCUAGGUCUCGAAAUUAGGGUUUUUGCAAUCGCGCGCGAGGGAAGAUGAUGGAUCGAGUGAAGGGCGUGUUCAAGCCCAGGCCGACGCCGCAGGAGCAGCUGCGCGAGUGGCAGCGCCGCCUCCGCCAGGAAGCUCGCAACGUUGAACGCCAGGUCAGGGAUAUCCAGCGCGAAGAGAAGAACGUACAGAAAUCCAUUCGAGAGGCUGUGCGACGAAAUGACACUGGAUCUGCCAAGUUUCUUGCCAAAGAAAUCGUGAGAUCGAGAAAGGUGAUCGAUCGCCUGUACGAGAACAGAGCUCAGCUCAAUUCAAUCUCGAUGCAUCUGGGAGAGAGUGUUGCAACGGCAAAAGCCGUCGGGCACCUAGCCAAAAGUGCCGAGGUUCUCAAGAUGGUAAACAAUCUUAUGAAAGCACCCGAGAUCUCGAGAACCAUGAUGGAGCUCCAAAAAGAAAUGCUCAAGGCCGGAGUAAUCGAAGAGAUUGUGAAUGACGCUGUAGAUAGUGCUAUCGAUACAGAAGAUAUGGAAGACGAGAUUGACGAGGAGGUGGACAAGGUCCUUUCAGAAGUUGCUGGAGAGACAAUCUCUCAGCUGCCAGCAACAACAAAAAGAGAAAAGAUGAAACAGCCUGCUGAUGCCGAGGCUGCUCCACCACAGCAACAGGCCGUAGCAGAAGGUGACGAUGAGGCAGAGCUGGAAGCUUUGAGGGCCAGGCUCGCUGACGUGAGGUCGUAACUUGCAAGUGUAUGAUAAAAGUUUGCCAUUGCGACUUGGCAAAGGCUGUGUAUAGCUACAUUCUCUUCUAGAGAGCCUACAGGUAUUUUUGGAGCUCUUGAUUUCUCAUUCACUCUCUGCGUUUUCUUCUCUUUUUCUAUUCGUUUCGACGAGACGUUCAUUGUGGGACCACGGAAGCUGGAACCUCCUAACGCAUUCAAUCGUAAGGUACUCGACACUCUCAACUUGGAUCCACUCAAAGGCUCGACCGGGCGAAGCAAAUCCAGAAAAGAAAACUGCGGAGAGCAUGUGGUAAACACAUGCGAGCGAGUAUGGUCGGUGGCAGCGAAGUUGUUUAAGAACAGAGGAGAGACUCUUGCAGGAUUUUCUUAAGACUGGAUUUUCUUAAGACUGGAGACUGAAGAUCAAACGAGAAAGGGACUUAAAAUUCGUUGUUUGCGAAGAACCAGUCGCGUCGUCACACGCGCUUUGUUA